GCCAGGGUGACCAUGGUGGUCUGGAAUACCAAUGAUACUAUGGAGCCCAUAUUUAUUCUGAAGGGUUUUCCUGGACUGGAGUAUGCUCAUUCUUGGCUCUCAAUUCUAUUCUGCUGUGUAUUCUUGGGAUCAUUUAUUGGUAAUAUUACCAUUCUGUCUGUCAUUUGGAUUGAGUCCUCACUCCACCAGCCCAUGUAUUAUUUCCUUUCCAUCUUGGCACUAAAUGACUUAGGUAUGUCCCUGUCUACAUUUCCCACUAUACUUUCUGUGUUAUGGUUAAAUACUCGAGAGAUUCAGGCAAGUGCUUGCUAUGCUCAGCUCUUCUUCAUCCACACAUUCACAUUCCUGGAAUCUUCAGUGCUGUUGGCCAUGGCCUUCGACCGUUUUGUUGCUAUCUGUCGUCCACUUCACUAUACCACUAUUCUCACGAACAGUGUAAUAGGCAAGAUUGGUUUGGCCUGCUUGCUAAGAAGCAUGGGAGUUGUACUACCCACACCUUUGCUGCUGAGCCAGAACCACUACUGCCAUGACAAUGUCCUCUCCCAUCCUUUCUGUUUGCAUCAGGACGUUCUGAAAUUAUCCUGUUCAGAUGUCAGGAUCAACAGCAUUUAUGGACUAUGUGUAGUUAUUGCCACACUGGGAGUGGAUUCAGUCUUUAUACUUCUUUCUUACAUCCUGAUUCUGAAUGCUGUGCUGAGCAUUGCAUCUGGUGAAGAGAGGCUAAAAGCACUCAACACAUGUGUAUCCCACAUCUGUGUGGUGCUCAUCUUUUUUGUGCCAGUUAUUGGAGUGUCAAUGACCCAUCGCUUUGGGAAGCAUCUGUCUCCUGUAGUCCACAUCCUCAUGGCCAACAUCUACCUGCUCUUUCCCCCAGUGCUUAACCCUAUUGUCUACAGUGUCAGGACAAAACAGAUACGACUAGGAAUUCUCCACAACUUUGGGCUAAGGAGGAGGCUUUAA